AUGGCGCGAGCUCAGAAGCGCGCGAAUGCCGGCCGCGCAUCCCGCGGCCUCAUCGCGGCCGUUGCGAUGUUUUCGGUGGCCGCGGCCUGCGCGGUGACGGGCGCGGAGGCGACCUUCCACGUCUCCUCCGAGCUCGGCGCCGAUCUUCCCGCGAGCAUUGGCACCCGCGCGGGCUCCACCGCGCGCGUGGCGACCACGGGCGCCCACGACGACGUCCCCGCGGUCCCCCACGGCGACGACUGCGCCAUGAUGAAACUGGUGGUGGAUUUCGCGCAACACCGCGGACGUCAGGCGACGCACGCGCGCUUCGACGUUCGCGCCAUCCACCACGACGCCGUCCCGGCGGGAGUGCAGGACCACCUCGGCACCCUCAUCGGUUCCUCCUCCGCGGAGGGUCCCGUGACGAUCGUCGAGCGCAUGUGCCUUCCCCGCGAUCAGGGCUACGUCCUCAUCGCCUCUGGCAACGCCACGCGCGGCUCCUCCUUCGACCGCUUCAACGUCACCGUGAUCAACGAGGAGUACCUCGACCUCGUCGCCUUCCGCGCGGGGUCCGACUGGACCCGCGGAUCCUCCUUCCGCAGCGACAGGCUCGCCGCGUCCGGCGCGGGCGCCUCGAGCGCGCAGCUCGGCGGCUCCAACGACGAUCCUCACGCCGAGGAUUACGAGGUCGAGUUUUUCGAAGACGAGGGCGUCGGCGCUCCCCUCUUUGACUCCCCCGACGGCGGCAAGACCUACCGCCUCCACGGACGCGCGCGGUUCGACGUCUGGCCGGAAGCUCCCAUCGACGGAAACGGCGUGUGGACCGAGUGCGGCGUCCUCGCGGCGGUGUCCGUCGGCGCCACCUCCUACGGCAACGGCGCCGCGCCUCGCGAUAUGUCCUGGGCUCUCUGGGACAAAGCCGACGUGGAUGCCGCCACGGGUACCCCGGCGGGGGACCCGCUCGUCGCCGCCGGCGGCGACUCCUUCACCUGGGGCUCCACGAUGACCGCGGUGGCGUGCCUGCGACCGGGUACGUACGAAUUCAUCGCCGAGGACGGCGGAGACUUGAACCGCGGUUGGGGCUUCGGCACGACGGUGGAGGUGACCGAGAUUGUCCUCGACAAGAACACGCGCGCCAUGCGCCAACGGAAGAUCGCCGACGUCGACGGCCCGAGCUGGUUCACCGGCGGCAGGCGCAAGUCCCUCACGUUCCACGUCGACGAGGCGGACGCGGUCGUUGAAGCCGCCGCCAGGGCGCUCCAACCCAAAACCGCCCCGCCGACCCCGGAACCAACUCCGGAGUCGGAGAUUGUCGAGAUCGAGACGCACGAUACCGUCCUCCAGGACGACGGGACCGGACGCGACGAGGAGGAAUCCUUCGUCGUGGAGCCCACCGUCAUCGACGCCAUGGACGAGACCCGCAGCGCGGGCGCGCGACUCGCUCAACCCCAGGCGGGUGGGUCCUCCGAGCCCGCGCCCGUCACUGACUGGAGCAAGUACUCCAGCGAGAGCGGGCACAAGGGCAUCACCGGCGGCAUGGCGUGGGCCUCCCUCGGCAGGCCGUCCAACGGCGCGGUGAGUGGUGACGCCAAGAACACCCGACGCACGCUCCUGGCCGCCGAGUUGGACGGUGGGAAGGCGUCCAAACAAUCCGCCCCGGGCACCUUCCGGACCGCCGCCGCGGCGACGAUGGCGCUCGCUGCGGCCGCCGCGGGAGCCGCGCACCUCGCGCACGCCGCGAAGCGCCAGCGCGAGCUCCGCUUCGGCGCCGCCGCCGUCACCGCCGCGGUCGUCGACCCCGAGAAGCAGGCGCUCCUCCCCCAGCGCCUCAAGCUCUCCGCGCGUACGCGCGAUCAGCGCACCUCCCCGGCGACGGCGCCGCUUCUGGCGGUGGCGGCGAUGGCCGGCUUGGUCGCGUUCGCCGGCCCUUUCGCCGCCUCGUCCACCGCCCCCUCCCUCGGCGACGCCUUCUCCGAGGCGGCCGGCAUCCUCGCCGCGCGCGAGGCUGCCGCGCGCCUCGGCGAACCCGGCGAGCCCCUCUGCGGCGCCGGCAUCGACCGAUGCCGGCUGCUCGCGCCGACGGAUUGCCGCGGCAGGGUAUUCGCGUACCACCCCGGCGUCCUCGCGCACAUCCAGGGCGGCGCGCAGACCGCGGACGUGCUCUCCCCGAUGGGCGCCGUCCUCGCGGACGGCUCGGGGAACGGCCAGGGCCUCAGCCUCGUGGACCAAAACGCGCGAGCGUGCGAGCGUCGCGUCGACAUCUCGCGCGAUCGCCCCGACGCCCGCGGCUCCACGUGCGUCCGCGCGGUGGGUCGCUUCGAGAGUUCCGUGUCACUCGAGGGUUGCGUCAAGUCCUGCCGCGAGACCCCGGGGUGCGAGUGGUACCACGCGUACCGCCUCGCGAGCUCGCCGGAGGAUGGCCAAUUCGACGAAUGCCGACUGUGCGCCGGCGGCGGCGAGGGCGUCUGGGCCGGUCCCAAGGAUGGCGCCGACGUCGUCUCCGUCUCCGGACCCGCCUGGUGCCUCACCCCGCACAACCUCACCUCCCACGCCACCGGCGCGAAGCGAUCCGUCCAGCAGUGCCGGGCCGCGUGCGACGCCACGAAGGGUUGCGACGCGUUUAACUUUGGCGACGAGAGGGGCGACUGCACGCUGCUUCGCGUCGGGAACGGCGCCAAGCGGGGACCGGUGUGGAGGGGCAGCGGCUUCUCCCCGCUCGGGGUGACCGGCUACGCCACGUACUACGCGGUGUCACACGCCGAGGUGGACGCCGCGCGAGGUGGCGCGGGGUCCGCGACGCUGGGCGCGGUCGAUCCCGAGGAUUGGACCGCGCCCGCGCCCGCGGAAUCUCGCAGGCUGGCGGCUCACGCCGCCGACUCUCGCUGCGUCGCGUCAGGCGGACAGGAACGCGUCAAGCCCUACGAGAACCUCGCCAAGGGCAAGCCCACGACCCCGCUCGCGGCGGCCGCCGUCGUCGACGGCGUCGUCGUCGGCGGCGACGAAGAGGGCGCGGACCUCUCCGGCGCCUGCCCCGCGGUGGUCAAGGGCCUCGGCGCCGCCGGCAAGGCGGACGAGUCUGUGGAGAUUGACCUCCAGGGAUCCUUCACCCUCGGCGCGCUCUCCGUGUUCGCCGCGCCCGGCGACGCCGCCGCCCUCGCGGGCGUCGACCGCUCCGCGCUCCUCGGCUCGGCGAAGGUUCCCGCCUCGGCGCUCGUCACCGCCGUCAACGCCGACGACGGAGUCGAGCGAACGUGCGGCGAAAUUGUCCCGGGUGCCGGGGAGAAGACGGAGCACACGAACGGCGCCGUCGAGCUCUUCAACGUCCGCGGCUGCGCCGGAUUCGUCGCGACGCACGUUCGCGUCGAGUCCGCGCGCGCGGGGGCGGUGACGCACCUCUGCGAGGUGCUGGCGCACGCCGCGCACCAACCGGCGAUGACCAAGUUCCCGGCGCUCCCGAAGUGGCUCGAGCUCCGCGAGGAGACCCGAGCCGCGAUGGAGGAAGCCGCCGCCGAGUUUGUGCAGGGCCGCGCCGACGCCGACGACGCGCUCAUCGUCAACCGCGACGGCGACGUCGACGGGAAGAACGACGCGCAAACGCACGAGCCCUUCAUCACCGGGGAGGACGCCAAGGCUAAGAUUGAAUCCCUCGAGCGCGACGGCGACGACGACGACUGGCGCGUUCGCGCUCACGCCUCAUCCGCCGCCGCGCACAUCCCCGACCACGACGAGCACGAGGCGCGUGCACAGGAGGAGGCGGACGCGCUCAAGCUCACCGAGGAGGCUAUCGAACGCGAGGAGAAGGAGCGCCUUCACUCGUACGAGCGUGACGUCGACGCCGAUCGACACUCGUCGGAUUCCAUUCGCGAAAAACGGUUCGAAAAACGGUUCGAGCGCCCCACCAACAGCGCGUACCGAGCCGACGACAUCGACGCCGUCCCCGACGACGCCAUGGACCUCAUCUCCCAACACUUCGCCGUCCCAAAGACGGUCGAGUCUUCGUACGACGUCGACGAGGCGGCGGCGCGCAGGGAGAGGCGCGCGAUGGCGCCCGGCCCGGCGCCGUCGCACGUGCCCUUCUCCGACGUGGCCGUCCCCGACGAGGACAGGGCGGGGCACCACGAGCCCGGAUCCCACGCCCGGGUCCCACACAAGGGAGGAGCCCAGGGACCCACCGCGUCCGCGCAGGGACCCGCGCCGUCGCCCGCGAGCGCGGCGCACCAUCACUGGCCGCCCGUCCCCACCGGCACGUUCUACCACACGCCGACGAUCGUCGAGCCCGAGGCUGACGUCGAGCACGUUCCCGAGGCUGACGUCGAGCACGUUCCCGAGGCUGAUGUUGUCGAGCACAAAUCCACCCAGGUCGUGAGCCCCGAGGUGACCGAAGACUCGUGCGAGCGCGUCUGCGAGGGCCACGGGUUUAACAAGGAGCAGUGCGACGCGAUUCCGGGUUGCGAAUUCGGCGAGGAUGCCAACUGCUGGUCCGCCGUGGGUCCCAACCCUUGCCCGUCGCAGGCGGAGUGGGAGCUGUACGUCUCCAAGCACCCCAAGUCCGUCCCCAAGGAUGACUUCAUCGAGGUUGUCACCUCGCUGGACAACUGCGAGAAGGUGUGCGGCGGGCACGGAUUCGACCGCGCGCAGUGCCUCGCCAUCCCCGGAUGCACCUUCGCGACAGAGGGUGCGUACUGCUACUCCGCGGUUGGCCCCAACCCGUGCCCUUCUCUCCUCGAGUGGAACUUCUGGCACAAGCACGCCAACGACCACGUCUUCCACGACGAUCACGGUCACGGGGAGUACAAGGAGGAGUACAACCAGCAGUUCAUCGCGGCGCACCCGGAGUACGCCGACCACGCCGCGCACGACGAGCACACCGAUUUCCACCCCUACGAGAUCAUCGACCAGAUGGUGCACGCGCAUCCCAAGGAGGAGAACAUGGCAAUUGAACCCAACCCCGAGCUGCACGAGGAUGCCGACGGCGAGGUUCACAUGUACCACGUGGAUGAAUCCCUCGACGAACACUACGUCGACGACCUCGAGCACGCGAACGAGCGCGAGCACGACGAGCCCUACAGACCGGAUCCGAUUCACACCCACGCCGAGGUGCUCGAGAACGAGGACAACCACGUGGUGCACGAGGAGGUGAUGCACAAGCCGAUCGAGACGGAGGCGACGGCCACGAUGAAGGCGGAGGUGACCACCGCGGCCAUCCCGGAACACAAGUCCGCGGAGGAGGAGGAGGCUGAGAUUCUUCACGAGCACGAGCACGAGGAUCACGAGCACGAGGAGGGGCAUCACAUCGGUCCGGUUGAGAUCACCGAGACGCACCAGCACGGCGACAACUCGACUUUCGAGACUUCCGUCGUGACGGAACCCGUCGUCGACUCCGAGGUGCCCCUGCCCAACCCCACAACCGAGCACGACCCGGUCCCGGACAUCGUCGAGGUGCACGGCUCCGGCAACGCCACGAACGCGCCCGUCGCCGUUCCCGACGACGAGGCUGCGCCCUUCCCGGAGCUGCACGAUGAUCCGGCGUAUAACCCCCGGCCGGCGCCGGCGUUUCCCCCCGGGCAGAGCGCCACGCUUCACGAUUUGCAAUUCGUCACCUGCCCGGGUCAGGCGCAGUGCGACAAGCCGCCGUGCGUCCCGUACGUCCACGACCUCCUCGAGGCGCACCUCGUGGAGGGCGCCACCUCGUGCUGCCAGGCGAGCGACGAGUGGGAGUACGGUAACCCCCGACGCUUUCCGCACGUGUGCGGCCAGUGCUCGAGGAACGAGCACGAAAACUACUUGACGUACGCGGAGGCUGCGGCGUUCUGCGCGUCCAAGGGGGGCGGGCUGUGCCGCAACAACCAGGUGACGGUGGCGGGGCGCGCGGACCACUGCGCGCUCGACCCCGACAGCGUGGUGUGGACAGAUAAGCUCUGCGACCGCGGCAAGGGCCGCCAGGCGGUGAAGCUCAACGGGGAUUACUCGCACUGCGUCAGCGAUUUAGCGGAGAAGCUGCCGGUGGUGUGCUGCGCGAACACGUGCGAGGGGUUCACGCCCAAGCGCAUGUGCCCGCACGUCGCGGCUCGAUGAGAGGAGGACGAUUAACUUAUGAAGACGACGAUGAUUAUGAGGAGGACAGAUACGCGAGGGGUCCGCCAGCGCGGCGACUCCCCGACUCGACUUAUUAGCAUGAAUAAAUCCUUGCAAUCCAACUUGCCUUGUUCACAC